CUUAACAUUCAGGGAUGUGGCCAUAGAAUUCUCUCCAGAAGAGUGGAAAUGCCUGGACCCUGCCCAGCAGAAUUUAUAUAGAGAUGUGAUGUUGGAGAACUACAGGAACCUGGUCUCUCUGGCUAUGUGUUCUCAUUUCACCCAAGACUUUUUGCCAGUGCAGGGGACAGAAGAUUCAUUUCACAAAUGUAUACUGAGAAGAUAUGAGAAAUGUGGGCAUGAGAAUUUACAAUUAAGGAGAGACUGUAAAAGUAUGAAUGUGUGUAAAGUGCAGAAAGGAGGUUAUAAUGUAAUUAAUCAAUGCUUGCCAAAUACCCAGAGCAAAAUAUUUCAAUGUAAUGCAGGUGUCAAAGUUUUUAGUACAUUUGCAAAUUCAGACAAAGACAAGACAAGACAUACUGGAGAGAAACACUUUAAAUGUAACCAAUACGGCAAGUCAUUUCAGAAGUUCUCAGACAUAACUCAGCAUAAAGGAAUUCAUGCUGGAGAGAAACCCUACACAUGUGAAGAAUGUGGCAAAACCUUUGGACGGUCCACAGCCCUGAAUCAACACAAGAAAAUUCAUACUGGAGAGAAACCUUACACAUGUGAAGAGACUGGCAAAGCCUUUAGUAGGUCAAGAAACCUUGCUGCACAUAAGAGAAUUUACACUGGAGAGAAACUCUACACAUGUGAAGAUCGUGGCAGAGCCUUUGGAUGCUCCACAAACCUGAAUGAAUGUAAGAAAAUUCAUAUUGGAGAUAAACCCUACAAAUGUAAAGAACGGGGGGAAGUGUUUAAACAGUCCUCAGACCUGAAUAGACAAGAGAAAAUUCAUACUAGAAAGAAACCCAUCAAAUGUAAGGUAUGUGGCAAAGUCAUUACCUCAUCCUCAAGCUUUGCUCAACAUAAGAGAUCAAAUUUUGAAGACUUUGUGCAUUCACUGAAGCGUCAGAAUAUAGUUUUGGAAAUGGAUGACUUCAGAAACAGAAAUGGCUCAGAUGAUCUCUCCUACAAUGGAGGCAUCAUAGUGUCUGUGGUGCUUCUAGACGAGCUGUUCACCAGGAUGGACCCCGAGGGGCAGCAGCAAAUGUGGCAGAUACUUCAGGCUACCGUUAAAAACAAGGAGAGGGGCGCCAUCUUGACCACCCAUUACAUGUCAGAGGCUAAGGCUGUGUGUGACAGUGUGGCCAUCAUGGUGUCAGGAACGCUAAGUUGUAUUGGUUCCAUUCAACAUCUGAAAAACAAGUUUGGUAAAGAUUUUUACUAG